AUGGCCAGCCUAUUCGGACAAAGAGAUGCCAUCCCUGCGGCUUCGGACAUUGUCCAAGAUGGUCCCAUCACCAUAGACAUCGUGUCACGAUCCGGAACUGCAAAUCCUUUCGCCAUUACUACGAUUGGCGAUAUGGCAUCCAAAAUUUGCUUGGACUGGAAGGUGCACAUGGCUCAGCGAGAUGAGGACUACCGCUUCGCCGCUUUCCAUGAAACCACUGAGAAUCGUCCCCCUUCACGCAACGAUGGUGUCACAGCGUUCAUGUGCUUUGAGCAAAAUAUCACCAAGAAGGAGGCCAUACUCUUGGUAAAAGAAUUCUCGGCUCUCGACCCCAAGUACAGAGUCCUUAACUAUGACAUUAUUCAGAAGGUCCAUCAAAUCCUCUGUGAAAAUCCCAGAGAUGAGAAUGGAGAAGACUCAAUCCUGGAGCAUAAGUUGGGAGAACGCUUGAGCUAUUUCUCUCUGGAGUUCUUCCUCAUUAUCUGUCAGCAUAACAUAGAUUUGUGCUCUGAUGAGGAUACCAUCAAGGAAGAGGUCAAGAAGGCCGUGGCAAUGGCCGAAUUGCAUGAAGAAACUGUGUUCUCUAUCAAAGCUCGAAUGCAAUUCAAGCAUGCUGAAAUUGACGAGAAUGUCCUUCGGCGGUCUGAUUUUGUGGAAUUUGCCAAGAUGGCCAAAGAGACCCUCUACAAUUGUAAACAAGACUAUAAUGACUUUGAGGGGACUGUUGCUCAGCAGCAUGAAGCUGUCCUCGGCCAUCGCAUCAUCAAGGGCGCAUUGAACAAGAUAGCCAGCUUCAUGAGCCGGCGUCGUACGGAUACCUUCAUGGACCAGAUCAGUGCCCUAUCUGCAACUGCAUCUUUGGUUCAAUUGCCUUUGGAGGAGGAGGAUUUCAAAAAGCUUCGUGAGAUUGGUGAACGUCUGAAGAAGCGCACUCUUGUCUACUCGAAGAGCGCAAAAAGACAAAAGAUCACAAACAGUUUGACGUAG